AUGCGCGCCACGAGCCCUCCGGCGCUCCUGCUGCCGCGCGCGCUGACGGCGGCGCCGCCGCCGCGCGCUGCCGCGCGCUCGCCGCCGCCUCCGCCGGGCGGGCUCCUCGUCGUCCUGCCGUCGCCCCCAAUGCAGCAGGAGGGGCCUGGCGGCAGAUGUGCACCAUCAGACCAGCUGGGGCAUCGCCGGAAGGCCGGCAAAUGUUUCUGGUUCCACUGCUCGUUUCAAGAUCUGCGCGACUUCUGUUGCAGGGUGCGCAGGUCGCACAGUGGCAGUGUGUUCCCAUUUGAACGCGACUCGUAG